AUGAAAAAGGUUGCACUAGUGACAGUGAUAGGACUUCCUGGAAGUGGAAAAAGCACUUUGUGUGGUCAUCUAUGCAAUCUGAAGACAGAUGAAUGUUUGGUCAUCUGGAUAGAGUAUGACAAACUUAUCCCAUCAGAGAUAUUCUCUCAAAAUUCUGACAAUAGUUACUGGAAAAACUGGCGUCAAGCUGUUCUUAACUGUACGGAAAGACUCUUGGCUUCUUGGAGGAAUACUGAUUUCGUGCAAGUUUCAAGUGAAGAGGAAAAAGUUAUUUGGUUGAAUCUAAGUGAAUAUUCUACUUUAAAUGUGGAGAAGAUCAUAGUGUUACUGGAUGACAACUUCUACUACUCUAGUAUGCGUCGUGUAUUUUACAGCUUAGCAAAAAAGUUUACGCAUCAGUAG